AUGCUGCCAAACAAGAGUGCACGCAUCGCCAUUGCGGGGAGUGGGACUUGGGGGCUUUCGACAGCUUUACAUCUCGUUAACGCUGGCUACACCAACAUCACGGUCUUCGAUCGCGCCUCAGAGAUACCAUCCCGAUAUUCAGCGGGCUUCGAUAUCAACAAAAUAGUCCGACCCGAGUAUGAGGACCCUUUCUACACAGAGCUGGCUUUGGACGCCAUCAAAGGUUGGAAAACACCACUGUUCGGCCCGUAUUAUCACCAGACUGGCUACGUUGUAGCGACGUCCGACCGCGCCCCUGAGAAAGCUGUUCGACAUCUUCACGAAGCUUUGAGCUCGAUAAAGGAGCACCCCACGUUCAAGCCAUUUAUCUCGCCAUUAAGUUCAUCCAAUGACUUUAGAGAACUUUUCUGGCAGUUCACCGGGCAAGUGACAGGUUUCAAAGGAUACUUCAAUCAGUUUGCUGGUUACGCUCAUUCCUCAAGUGCCAUGAAGGGCAUCUACACACAUCUGACACGGCGCGGAGUCAAAUUUGUGCUUGGAGAUGCCGGCAAAAUUACGCAGCUACUUUACGACGACAAAGGCAAGCGAAAAUGCACUGGAGUCAAGACCUCUGACGGGCUCGACCAUGCUGCUGACUUGGUAAUUUCAUGUCUGGGCGCUUACCAAGCUUCACUCAUUCCAGAUGUUGGCACUUUCAGCGUGGCCAAAUCAUGGUCGGUAGCCCACGUGCAGCUCACGGAAGAAGAGUGUGAUCUGCUCAGGGGCAUACCUGUCUUGAACGUACGAGAUCUGGGUUUCUUCUUCGAGCCUGAUCCCACGACGAAGUUGUUCAAACUCUGCCCGCUGGGAGCUGGAUAUGUCAACAAGAGGGAGGAUGGCAUAUCCUUACCUCCACUGGACAAGCUUCCACCUCCCCAGGACUAUAUCCCCGUCGAGGACGAGCGAAAGCUACGCAGGCUGUUACAAGAGACGCUACCAUGGAUGGCGGAUAGGCCAUUUGUGGAUCAGAAGAUGUGUUGGUUUGCUGAUACAGCGGAUUCUGAGUACUGCGUCGAUUUCGUCCCAGAUACCGACAACUCGUUGAUCGUGUUAUCCGGAGACUCUGGCCAUGGCUUCAAAAUGAUGCCAAUUGUUGGAUCAUGGGUAAUAAAACUCCUCAGCGAUGGGCAUCAGAGCUUGAAGCGCUGGCAGUGGCGGGCUCCGAAGCAGGGUAGUGCAGAAGACUGGGGUGAUGAGGUCUCAUGGAGGAUCGGCAAGACAAAAGAGAUACGUGAAGUCAUUGAGGAGAGAAGCCGUAUGCUCAAGGCGCGAUUGUGA